CUUUGAAGAUCAGGAUCUAAUUGAUGAGAGGGAAAAGAAAAAAAAAUAAUAAACAAAAAAGAUAAUAAUUUGGGCAAAGUUUAUCACAAAUAAAAAAAUUGGCUGACCAAAGAAGAAGAAGAUAGGGAAAUUGAUCUGCCAGCCAACUUGCACAUGACCUCAGAGUUCAAAUCUAUAAUACUCUUUAGCGUUUACUCUUCUUCUUCUUCUGCAAUUACCAAAACCCACCAUUGAUUUCAGUCCAAAAAUCAAUCAAAAUCAGCCAUGGACGACUUUCAAACCACCAGCAAACUCAAUCUCAUCCAACACCACCAAUCUUCUUCAUCGACAAUCAAGAAAAACCAAAUCCUCAUCAGAGUAUUCUUUUGUUUAAUCAUUUUAUUAGCCCUUUUCACCGGCGCAAUCAUCAUAAAUCUAGUUUACAAAUACAACAUUUCCCAGCAGAAACUCCGAACCGACCAACACCGGGAGUUGGUCCGGGUCUUCUGCUACAUGACCCGGCACCCGGAUUCCUGCCUCCCGGCGGUUUCCAUGUACGCGACUCCGUACAUUCAGACCAGCCCAGAUGAUGUUUUCAAUGCUUCUCUCCAGGUAGCCAUUAAGGAACUACAUAGCCUAACUUCAUUGUCGAGGGCGCUGAUUCUGAAGUCUGGCGAAGAAGUCGACACCGAGUCAAUCCGAAACGGGUCGGCUCUGUUUUCGUGUUCGAGCUUGAUCGACGACUCGCUGAACCAGCUCAACAAAUCCCUAACGGUUUCGGCCGGGUUUUCCGUGUUCGGUACCGGGUUGAACCCGGACGAGGAAACGGCGGUGCAGGAUAAGAUCAAGGGGAUGAAGCCGUGGAUCAACGACGCUUGGCGUGAUCUGUGGAGUUGUUUUGGGAUCUUGGAGAAGGAGCAAUCGACGGCUGGGAUUGAAUUGAGGAAUGGGAUGCAGAAUCCGAUUAUGUAUGUUGGGAAUAUUAUUGAUUUUCUGGAGAAUAGGGAUCGGAUUCUGGGUGAAAUCCGGUUUCAAGAACUGAUGGCGGAUCAUUGCGACGGGUUUGAGUACUUGUCCACACUUGUUUUGUACGCUCCACAGUAUUUUGUGUUGAUUUUUUUGCUUUGUUUGUUUUUCAGGAUGUAUUGAAUUUUUCUUUUUCUUUUUUUUUUUUUGCCCUACUGUUUUGUAAAUUCAUAGAUAUGGAAUUUGUUCGGACAAAAUGAAAUACUAAACACACUUUUUUUGGCCUUUCCUUCUUCCUUUUUUGGGUACAAUAUAAAAGAGAUGGAUUAUAUGCAUUUAAAAAGAGCAAUAAACAAUCACUCUCGAUGGACAUAAAGUUGCACCUUGAUAUGCGACGGAUGGAGCAGCAUACUUUUUGGUCUUUCUGGAUAGAGGUGAAUGAAAAGUACGCAUCAUUUAUGUGCUUGAAGUUUGAACUAUCUGAAUUUUAAAAUGUCAAAUUGUAGAACUUUUUAUGAUUCAAAAAGCAGCAGGUUGAUUAUAAUAGCUCUAUUCGUAGUUAGUUUUCAUAUUUACACUUUUUAGUACAAAUUUCAAUAGCUC